GCAUUCAGCUAGACAUCCGGGCUAUGUGUGGUAUUUUGGGGAAGAUGGCGACACUUAUCCUGCCUGCUGAUUGGAUCAAAAACUGGGAAAAAUCUGGAAAACACGAGUUUGUACAACUAUGUAAGAAUCUUGCAGACAAAACCAAUCAUGACAGCAUAAUAAAAGAUAUACAGGCUGCUUUGUAUGAACUCUGCUGGCAUGUCGUACAAGGGAACUUCAAGCUGGACCUCGCUGCUAGCGUCCUCAGUGACAUGAUGGAACUGCGCGAUGACAUGCCAUCCAUUUUAGCAGAUGUUUUCAGUAUACUGGACAUAGAGACCAGUUCUUUGGAGGAAAAAAACAAACGCGACCAUUACACCCAGCUAGUGGGAGCAUGUCUGUUAUUUGUGCCAGAUGCCAUCCUGAAGGAGAGACUGGACCCAGAGACCCUGGAGUCCCUAGGACUCAUAAAGCAAGCCCAUCAGUUCAACCAGAAAAUCGUCAAAAUCAAGACCAAGCUAUUUUACAAGCAGCAGAAGUUCAACUUGCUAAGGGAAGAGAAUGAGGGCUAUGCCAAGCUGAUCACUGAGCUGGGCCAAGACCUCUCAGGCAACAUCACUAGCCACAUCGUCCUAGAGAGCAUCAAGUCCCUGAUAGGAUGCUUCAACCUGGACCCCAACCGCGUUCUGGACAUCAUCCUGGAGGUGUACGAGUGUCGCUCUGACCAGGAUGAGUUCUUCCUGCCCCUCAUCAAGUCCUACAUGUGUGAACCCCUCACCCUCUGCCACAUCCUGGGCUUCAAGUUCAAGUUCAACCAGGAGCCUAAUGAAGAGACCCCUACUUCACUCUACCACAUUGCUGCCGCCCUCCUCCACCACAAACUCAUAGAGCUGGAGGACCUCUAUGUGCAUCUGAUGCCACUGGAUGCCAGCAUUGUAGAGGAGCACAAGAGAGAGAUCACGGAGGCCAAGCAGAUCGCCCGCAAGCUCACCAUGGUGGUGGUGCCCUCCGAGAAGAUGGAGGACAAGGAGAGAGAGAAGGAGAAAGAGGAGGAGAAGAACGACAAGCCUCCUGAUAACCAGAAGCUGGGCCUGCUGGAAGCGCUGCUGAGGAUCGGAGACUGGCACCAUGCCCAGAGCAUUAUGGACCAGAUGCCUGCCUUCUACGCCACCUCUCACAAGGCCAUCGCCCUGGCACUGUGCCAGCUGCUGCACCUGACUGUGGAGCCGCUGUACCGCAGAGCCGGGGUUCCCAAAGGGGCCAAGGGCUGUGUGAUGAGGCCCCUGAGGAACAAGCGGGCCCCAAGGCCUGCCGAGAGCUUUGAGGACUUACGCAGAGACGUGUUCAGCAUGCUCUGCUACCUGGGGCCUCACCUCUCCCAUGACCCCAUCCUCUUUGCCAAGAUAGUACGACUGGGCAAGGGCUUCAUGAAAGAGUACCAAAAUGAGGCUAGAAAUGACCACAUCAAGGACAAAAUGGACACGUUGCUGAGUUGUUUCCUGAGCAUUGCAGACCAGGUGCUGCUGCCCUCGCUCUCUCUAAUGGAGUGUAACGCCUGCAUGUCAGAAGAACUCUGGGGCCUCUUCAAACUGUUCCCUUACCAGCACAGGUACCGGCUAUACGGUCAGUGGAAGAACGAGACGUACACCAGCCACCCACUGCUGGUCAAGGUCAAAGCUCAGACUGUGGACAGAGCUAAAUACAUCAUGAAGCGAUUGACCAAAGAGAAUGUGAAACCAUCUGGGCGGCAGAUAGGCAAGCUGAGCCAUAGCAACCCCACCAUCCUCUUUGACUAUAUCCUGUCUCAGAUCCAGUGGUAUGACAACCUCAUCGGUCCAGUGGUAGACUCCCUCAAGUACCUCACCUCACUCAACUAUGAUGUCAUGGCCUAUUGCAUUAUUGAAGCGCUGGCCAAUCCAGAGAAAGAGAAGAUGAAACAUGACGACACUACGAUAUCCUCCUGGCUUCAGAGCCUGGCUAGUCUGUGUGGAGCUGUUUUCAGGAAAUACCCAAUCGAGUUGGCCGGCCUCCUCCAGUAUGUGACCAAUACGCUGAAAGCAGGGAAGAGUUUUGACCUGCUGAUUCUAAAAGAGGUGGUGCAGAAGAUGGCCGGCAUCGAGAUCACGGAUGAGAUGACAUCAGAGCAGAUGGAGGCUAUGACUGGAGGGGAGCAGCUCAAAGCUGAGGGUGGUUACUUUGGUCAGAUCCGUAACACUAAGAAGUCGUCCCAGCGUCUAAAGGAUGCCCUGUUGGACCAUGAGCUGGCUCUGCCCCUCUGUCUCCUCAUGGCCCAGCAACGCAACGGGGUGGUCUUUCUAGAGGGGGGCGAGAAACACCUCAAACUGGUGGGAAAGCUCUACGACCAGUGUCACGACACCCUGGUCCAGUUUGGUGGCUUCCUGGCAUCCAACCUGAGUACUGAGGACUACAUCAAGCGUGUUCCCUCCAUUGACAUCCUGUGCAACCAGUUUCACACCCCCCACGACGCUGCCUUCUUCCUCUCACGCCCAAUGUACGGACAUCAGAUCCUGUCUAAGUAUGAUGAGCUGAAGAAAGCUGAGAAGAGCAACCGGCAGCAGCAGAAGGUCCAUAAGUACGUGGCUGCGUGCGAGCUGGUGAUGUCGCCGGUGCAUGAGGCUGUGGUGUCCCUGCACCCACCCCGCGUCUGGGACGACCUCCGACCCCAGUUCUACGCCACCUUCUGGUCGCUGACCAUGUACGACCUGGCCGUGCCACACAACGCCUACGACCGCGAGGUGAAGAAGCUCCAGGUCCAGGUCAAGACCAUCGAGGAGAACCCUGAUGUGCCCAUGAACAAGAAGAAAAAGGAGAAGGAGCGCUGCACGGCCCUACAGGACAAGCUGCAGGAGGAGGAGAAGAAGCAGCUGGAGCACGUCCAGAGGGUCCUGCACCGCCUCAAACUGGAGAAAGACAACUGGCUCCUCGCCAAAUCCACCAAGAAUGAGACCAUCACUAAGUUCCUGCAGCUGUGUCUGUUCCCUCGCUGUAUCUUCUCUGCCAUCGACGCUGUGUACUGCGCCCGCUUUGUGGAGCUGGUGCACCAGCAGAAGACCCCCAACUUCUGCACCCUGCUCUGCUAUGACCGGGUGUUCUCUGACAUCAUCUACACGGUGGCCAGCUGCACAGAGAACGAGUCGCGGCGCUACGGACGUUUCCUGUGCUGCAUGCUGGAGACUGUGACCCGCUGGCACAGCGACCGUGCUGUCUACGAGAAGGAGUGUGGUAACUACCCAGGCUUCCUGACCAUCUUCAGAGCCACAGGCUUCGACGGAGGGAACAAAGCCGACCAGCUGGACUAUGAGAACUUCAGACACGUGGUGCACAAAUGGCACUACAAGCUGACUAAAGCAUCAGUCCACUGCUUGGAGACGGGGGAGUACACCCACAUCCGGAACAUCCUCAUCGUGCUGACCAAGAUCCUGCCUUGUUACCCCAAAGUGCUGAACCUGGGCCAGGCGCUGGAGUGCCGCGUCCACAAGAUCUGUCUGGAGGAGAAGGAGAAGAGGCCAGACCUCUAUGCCUUGGCUAUGGGCUAUUCUGGCCAGUUGAAAGGCAGGAAAGUGCACAUGGUCCCUGAGAAUGAGUUCCACCACAAGGAGCAGCCGGUGCGUAGCGCCACCACUGCCAGCCAGCUGAACGGCCCUGGCACCACAGCCAAGCCUGCCACCAACGCCAGCAAGACGGAGGAGGGAGCCUGCGAGGACGCUGACCGAUCCAAGGAUAAAUCUCAGGGGACGGCGAAGCCAGUGAACAAAGCCAACAGCACAGUGGCCAAAAUGACUUCCAGCAAUGGGAAUGGUGCUCCUAACAGCACCAAAGCCAUCAAAGAGAGGGAUGACAAAGAAAAGAGUGGGAAGGAGAAAAAAGAGAAGAAGGAGAAGACUCCAGGCAGCACUCCAGAGACAAAGGGGGAGAGCCGGCGGGAGAAGCAGAGGGACGAGAGAGGAGCAGCCGGCAAGGAGGAGCGGGCGCCACGAGAGGGUAAGGAGAAGACGCCCAAGGCAGACCGGGACAAGCAGAAGGCGGAGGAGAAGAGCAACAAAGAGGACAACAAGGCCAAAGCCGGCAAUGGAGAGCCCAAGGAGCUGUCCAGGGAGCGCGACACUGGAGCCAAGGAGUCCAAGACUAAGGAGAAGGGAGGAGACCAGAGUAAGGAGAAGGGAGGAGACAGGAGUGCUGUGUCCGGGUCCCUCAAGUCUCCAGUUCCCCGAUCUGAAUCUGCUGAAUCUGAGAGGGAUCACAAAAGGCGAAAAGUCGAUACCCACUCUUCACCAUCCCACUCUUCCUCUGUUAAGGACAAUAGCAACGAACCCAAGGACUCUGCAUCCAAGCACCACAUCACCUACAAUUCGGUCUCGCGGUCCAAGAGCAGAGAGAGGGAGACGGACCAGAAAGAGUCAGAGAAUACCCGGGGCCGUUCCAAAGAGAAGAAGACCGAAGACAAAGACCGAAAGGACAGGAAGAGAGACCAUGUGACCACUGACCGUGAGAUGAGCCUAGAAUCCAAACGCAGAAAAGAUGAAAAUGGAACCAAUUCCUCCAACAAACACAGCAAGAGCGCCAGUCCCUCCUCAGACUCCCCGGUCUCGGCUGACAAAGAGAAGACCAAGAGGUCCAAGUCCUCCAGCAAGGAAAAGGGAGAGUCUACUAAACCUGAGAGAAACUCUUCCGGGGGCAAGAAGGAGUCUAGGCAUGACAAAGACAAACCUGACAAGAAGGAGAAGAGGGACAGCAGCGGCGGAAAGGAAGAGAAAAAACAUCAUAAGUCCUCCGACAAGCACAGAUAAUGUGUUCUAGGUCAGUCAGCGAAGCAGACCUGGAGAAGCCGUGCUUUUAACCCAGACAGUCACCCUCCCUCAUCCUGUACCACGUUGUUAACUAGUGCUCUAUUUUCUCUGCCUUGUUCAUUCUGAGAGGAGGCCGCAUCUCAAAUGUUACUCUCAUUUCUGCCUGUGUUGUUUCCGUUGUAACUGCCCGCAAGACAUGUUAGUUGUAGUGUUUGGAACUUGCAGAUCUAUUCUUCUAUUUUUCAUUUCAGUGUGUUUCAGUAACCAGGUAUUUGUUUUAUUUUUAACUUUUGAAUAUUGGCACAAUGUGCUAUUCAAAUCACAAAAUGAUAUUCUACUCAGAAAGACAACUGGUAACUGUAUUAAACGCUCUCUUGAAAUCAUCAGGUCAUACAUUCGAUAAUCACAAACGCUUGAUGAAAAAAUGCACCUGUUUUAUGUUGUCAGGUUCCUCCCCUACGGCUUGUUUUAUUGGCAUUAAUAGACACUUUCCAUAUUUGCUUUUGCCUCAUUUAGGGUUACAUGUCUAUUUAUUUCUCCUUUUUAGCCAAGCAAGUCUUUAGGCAAAGAUUGAGUGAAAUGAUACAAAUGACCAGUUUGUAUAUUAUGUGUACAAUAAUAAAGAAGGUAACAUGUAAGUCAUGUCAUAUCUGUUAUGUUUAUUUUUUGAUGUCCCUUUGCUAUGUCCAUUAUGCGAUUGUGUGUUAUCAGGUUUUUAAAUCAUUUGUAAAAUGACAGUUACUCCUUGAAGCAAAUAUAAUUGUAAAAAUGUCAAAGCUUUGUACUCCAAAUACAAAUGUUUCAGAAACAACUUUUUGGAGUUUUUAUCUGCUGUACUCGACAAGUGUAUGCUUUUUUUAACUAAUAAAUGAUAGUUUUCCUAGUGA